AUGCAUGAACAUCAAUCAUAUGGACUGAAACUUAGAAAAUCAAUGGGUGUACGCUCGAAAACGAGUAAGAUCACAACACAAACGAAUGUGUUGGUAAUCAAAGCAAAGCGAAAAAAGAUUGUGUCGUGCAAAGUGAAUCAGAAGUGUUUCUGCGCGCCACGCCAUGUCAGUCCCAUCGAGUUUCCGCCGAUUUGGUCUGAAUUUCGACACAAUAAUCAACUCUGCGAUGGUGCCGUACGGUGUGCAGAUGGGACUGAAUUCAAAGUGCAUCGAGUGAUACUAGCCGCCAUUAGUCCCUACUUCAAAGCAUUAUUUACAAACUCAAUAAAUCGUAACCAACCCGAAACUCGAAUUGCCUGCAUGAACACAUCAGCGAAUAUCUUCAGUAAACUCCUAGAUUAUGCCUACACGGGAAAAUGCGACGUCAAUCAUGAAUCACUAGAGUCACUGAUACGAUUUGCGGAUCAGUAUGAAGUGAUGGGAGUAAUGCAACACUGCUGCCAGUAUAUUUUAGAACACCUGGAGCCGAGGAAUUGCCUGGGGCUGUUACGUUUCGGGCGUCAAUACUUUUGUAAACAAUUGGAGAAACGUGGCCGCUAUUUUAUUCAACAUAAUUUUGUAGAGAUUUAUAAAAAAUCUAAAGAGUAUUACUUUCUGUCAUUCCCCGACCUUCUAGAAAUCAUGUCUGACGAUGAACUGAAUAUUAAAUCCGAAGAGAUCGCAUUUGAUGCAAUCAGAGAGUGGGUGGACUUCGAUCGAUUUGCCAGGCAGAAAUACGCUCAUCCUUUACUAAAUACGAUACGUUUAGGAAACUUAAGCAACGAAUUCUUAGAAUACAUAUUACAAUGGUCCCCGAUCUACGAUAAUAGUGAAUGUCGAACACUGAUAAAGAACCUUCUUCAACUUCGUCAAGUACCAAAAACUGAUAUUGACUUGUUAUCGAAUCCAUUACUGCGGCCACGGGUACCACACGAUAUUCUCUUCGCGAUUGGUGGAUGGACAGCCGGUAGUCCAACGAAUUUCAUUGAAACCUACGAUACCAGAGCGGAUCGGUGGCUCUUGAGUCGCGAUUGUGAUAAGGUGCCGCGUGCUUAUCACGGAAUAUGCCAAAUUGAUGGGUUGAUUUACAUGAUCGGUGGCUUUGAUGGUAAUGAACACUUCAGUACUGUGAGGUCCUUCGACCCAAUCAAACACCAAUGGCGAGAUUGUGCUUGCAUGUAUUACCCUCGUUGUUACGUGAGCGUCGCGACACAUAACAACAAAAUUUAUGCACUGGGUGGCUACAAUGGCCGAAUACGAAUGAGUUCGGUAGAACGGUACGAUCCGGGAACAAAUCAAUGGGAGUUGAUACAAUCCAUGCAAUCACAACGUUCGGAUGCAAGUGCAGCCGCCAUGGAUAAUAAAAUCUACAUUGUGGGAGGAUUUAACGGUGUGGAAGUGAUGAACUCCGCUGAGGUUUAUGACAUCGCCACGAAUCAAUGGUCAUACAUUCCUUCUAUGACGUCUGCACGCUCGGGUGUUAGUCUGGUGGCCUGUGAAGGUACCCUGUAUGCACUAGGAGGAUUCAACGGAUUUACGAGACUUACUUCCGGCGAACGGUACUCUCCCGGAAAGGAUACUAAUUGGGAAAUAAUGGCGGACAUGUUUUAUUCACGCAGCAAUUUUGCAACGGUGGUGUUAGACGGAUAUAUCUUUGCCAUUGGAGGAUUCAAUGAUCGAUUCGUCGCAGGUUCGACGACAAUCAAUCAUGUCGAGUGCUAUGAUAUUAACACCAACGAGUGGCUGGAAGCGGCGCCGAUGUGUUUGAAUCGCUCAGCGCUGAGCGCAUGCGUCAUAAGCAGUUUGAAAAAUGCACGAGAUUACUCACUGCACGGGCGUACCAUGAUCAAGUGGGAAUCACCCAUUCCUUCCGAUAACAGUUUGGGUACUGACAUUUCGCCGGGUGCAACGAAUACUCUCGAAGCCUAAAUUCACAUUCUUCACACAACCAUCAUAAAAAAAUAGCAAAUCAAAGUCUAAAUCAAACAUUUUCAAAACGAUGAGUGUCGUAAUAUGUGGUAGUUGGUUUUUGUUUAUACCUUCAUAAAAAUAAAACAUGCACGAGUUUUA